AUGACCAAUGAUGAACGAACUAAAUUACAGCGCCUUCUUGGAGUGAUGAGUAACGAUGAUAUUCUUAAUUAUCUCGGCUCACUUGACUACGUGUUUACCUAUUUACGAAAUAGUGUACCGGAGCAUGCUUUAGAGACUACAACGAUUCAAACAUUCGUCGAAUAUCAUAUUCAUUCAUAUGCUUGUUUAAAUGAUAAUAUACUUCGUCGACCACCAUUUUCUACCAUUCAAUUACAGUAUAUUAUUGAUCUGUAUGAAAGAAUCGAAGAAAAUGCUUUUGAUAAAGUGUUACGUGCUUAUGUGAAAAAAGAACUCGUAGAAGAAACAUUUACAGACAAAGAACGUGAACAUGUCCUCCAUGUAUUUUCUCGUAUGACAUUUGAAAAAGAAACAAUUGCUGAAACAUUGAAAAGUAUCGAUAGUUGGAUUUCCAUGCUCAAACGGUUGAUGAUUCGUGUAUUGAAUGCUAAUAUUAGUCUCGAUGUCCCAUUACAACUCUAUCUUGAACGAACCGAUCUAUGGAGCGAUCGUGUGAGUAAUCUCGAUUUGGACACUUUUCAAGUCGAUGAUGAUAUUCUUCUUCAACAUACCUAUGUCAUCUUACGAGGUUUAGAAACGAAGCAAAAGAGAAAUAAUCAGUUAACACAACAACAGCAACAAAAAAUAUCGGAAAUUCAAAGUAUAGAAGGACAACGAGAAAAAGUUCAGACUUGGUUCGAUACAACAGCUAGAGUGACAACUGGACCUAAAGUACUGAAACCAAAGAUUCGUGUGUGA